AGUUUGAUUCUUGAUGUUGGAUAGAUCGGUUCUAGAUACGGUUGUUGUUUGAAAAUAAUCAGACAAAAAAUCAACGAACGAAAUAAAGUAUUUUUUUCUUUAAUGUUAAAAAAAGCAAAGAACAACUUAAAUCUUUUUAAAGUUAAUUAUUAACAAUAAAAAAUUUUCUUAAAAAAAAAGUAAUUAAGUGUUGUUGUUUUAUAGCAAAAGAAAAUUAUUUAAAAUAAAACGAAUCUUGAACAAAAAUUUCUAGUUAACUAAAACUAAAGAAAAAAGGAUACGAUAAUUUGCCAAAUCAAAAGCAACUCUUUCUAACUAACUUAACAACAAAUGCAAAACAAUUAUUAACAUUUUAAUUUGAACAAGCAAAAAAACAAAACAAUUGUGAUAUUUUAACAUUUUAUUUAUUUAUAAAUUUAACAACAACAACGAAAAAAACAAACCACAAAAUGAAUGAUUACUGGCAUAUACCCAGAGCAUCACUCUCACCAUCCUCCGCAUCAUCGGCUGUAUCAUCAGCAUCAUCGACACAGCGCAGUAAUCGCUCGCAAAAUAAACAAAAAUUAACGCCCACACACUAUAGACAACAGCACCAGCAACAGCAUAGUGGUGUGGCGUCUAUAGCAGCAGGAGGAGUUGGAGGAAGACGUGAUAGUGAAAUGAGUGCUACAACUAAUGCAGCAGUAACAGCUGCUGCUGCAGCCGCUGUAUUGGCAGCCGCCAAAAGAGGUUCCAGAUCAUCACAGGGUAGCAAUGAUAGUAACAAUAGUACAAGGAGCGCCGCUUCUGGUUCUUUGCUUUUAACAGCAGCGAAUCUAGAACGUAUGGCUGAAAUCCAUAAAAAACAACAGCAGCAACAACAACAACGUACAGUAGCAACAGCAGCCUCUUCAACUUAUAAUGCAAAUUUGGUUCAAGUCUCUAGAGAUUAUCAAUUGGCAGCCCUACCAGCAACAGAUGCUAGAGGAAAACAUAAUCAUUUACAUCAUCAUCAGCAGCAUCAACAUCAAGAUCAAACACAAACAGAUGCUGUCAUUAAUAUUGAUCCUAAUUUGAAUUUUAUUAAAACCAAAGAUUUAGACACGGUGUCCAUAGCAAGUUCAAUGCAUUUUACUAUGGUCAAUGGUGAGGCCGGAGCAAAUAAGAAAACCAAAAAGGGUUUAUGCGAUCGUGGCAGACAAGUCACAGUAUUGAUUAUGACAAUGAGUACAAUAUUUUUAUUGCUCAUUAUUGGCAUGGUGUAUGCACUGGAAAUGCGUGCUCGUGAAAUGCCUCAAAGUUAACAAUACUUUUAAGGGCACAAUAUAAAACAAACAACUUUUGAAACUCUUUUCCCGCGUUGAAAACAAAAUAAACACAAUUUAAGAGCAAAACAGUUAAAAUAAAAGAGAGAGACCGAGAGCGAGAGGAAAUCACAAAACAAAAGAGUAUUUUUAAUGAGAGAGUUCAUUUUACAGUCAUUGUAAAAAAUUAACGUAUACACCAUUAUUAUUUUAUUUAAAACGACUUUGAAAAGGCGUUUGUUUAAAAACAACAAAAAUGUCAACAAUUCCUUUAACAGCAAAAAUCAAGGAAAUUAAAAACAAUUGUUAAUUAAUGAAAAUUAGUUUAUAAGAUUAUUUAUUUUAUUUUAUACGAAAAACAUGAAGAAGAAAAAAACAAUCACAUUCUAUGUCAUCAAAAAGUUAAUACAUUAAAACUACAACAACAAGUUAAAGUGUUUUUUAUAACAAAAAAAAAAACACUUAAUUAAUUUAAUUUAUAUAGUUUUAUUUAAUUUCUAUUAAUUAAUAACAAACCUAAACCCCCCUCCCUUAAAAAAACACAAAAAAAA